GCAACUAAGCAUCUAGCAAGAGCGCAGCGCGGAACAGCAGGAUGGAGGAGGAGCUGUCUUGGGAGACCCACGGCUUGCUUCCCCUGGAGAGACAGCUCCAUGAGGCCUCACGCAACAAUCAGGUGGGGAAGAUGAAGGAGCUGCUUGGGAAGAGGGUUAACGUCAGGGCUAGAAACCACGUGGGCAGAGUGGCCCUACACUGGGCUGCAGGUGCUGGGCACGAGCAGGCUGUGCGGCUGCUCCUGGAGCACGGGGCUGCUGUGGAUGACGUGGACUCGUUUGGAAUGACCGCACUCCUCCUGUCUGCCUGGUUCGGCCACCUGCAGAUUGUGCAGAUCCUGGUCAAUGCUGGGGCCAAGGUCCACUGGGAAAGCAAGGAUGGUUUGACCUUACUACACUGUGCUGCUCAGAAAGGCCACAUGCCUGUGCUAGCCUUCAUCAUGGAAGACCUGGAGGAUGUGGCCUUGGACCAUGCAGACAAGCUGGGAAGAACAGCGUUUCACAGAGCUGCUGAACAUGGACAGCUGGAUGCUCUGGACUUCCUCGUGGGCUCUGGCUGUGACCACAGUGUCAAGGACAAGGACGGGAACACGGCCCUGCACCUGGCUGCCAGCCAGGGCCACAUGGAUGUGCUACAGAGACUUGUGGACAUUGGGCUAGACCUGGAAGAACAGAACACAGAGGGCCUGACUGCUCUGCAUGCAGCCGCUGAAGGGAUCCACGCGGACUGCGUGGUGUUUCUCCUCAGUGCUGGGAGCAACGUGAAUGCCCUCACCCAGAAAGGGCUGAGCUGCCUCCACUACGCAGCCCGCAGUGGCUCCGAGGACAUGUCCCGAGCACUUGUCAAGGCAGGAGGGCGCACAGAUGUGGCUGACAAGCAGGGCACCACUCCUAUGCACCUUGCUGUGAAGCACAACUUCCCUGGCCUUGUUCAGCUCCUCAUAGAAGCCCACAGUGAUCUGGAUGCAGUGGACAUUAGGCAGCAGACUCCCCUCCACCUUGCCGCCGAGCAUGCCUGGCAGGAUGUAGCAGAGAUGCUCCUCAUUGCUGGAGCCGACUUAAGCCUGAGAGAUAAGCAAGGAAAAACAGCCCUGGCAGUGGCUGCCCGUAGCAACCACAUCAACCUGGUGGACAUGAUCAUAAAAGCUGAUCGUUUCUACCGAUGGGAGAAGGACCACCUUUCAUGCAGGGAUGGCAGCGACCUCUCUAGGAAGAGCUUAACCUUUAAGCAAGACCAUCGGCAGGAGACGCAGCAGCUCCGCUCCGUGCUUUGGCGACUGGCCUCCCGGUAUCUGAGGCCCAAUGAGUGGAAGAAACUGGCCUAUUCCUGGCAGUUCACAGAGGCUCAUGUCUGUGCCAUUGAGCAACAGUGGACAGGAACUAAGAGCUACCAGGAGCAUGGUCACCGGAUGCUGCUCAUCUGGCUGCAUGGUGUGGCCACAGCUGGGAAGAACCCCAGCAAAGCACUGUUCGAGGGCCUCGUGGCCAUUGGCAGGAGAGACUUGGCAGGUAAGCAAGGCCCGGCUGCCAUGCUUGGGCCCUCAAAGCGCUGCUCAGACCAGAGCCCUGUGUAG